AUGAAUGAAUUUAUAUAUAAGGAAGAGACACACAAUAUGGAUUUGAGAAAAGAUAUGGAGAACGUCCUAGUUUUGUUCGGAUUCAUCACAGAAGUUAUUCUCUUGGACAAUCAUAUUCUUGAGUCAGUUAGCAUAAACGAUAUUUACAGAACUGUGUAUUCUAUACUAAGGUACAGAUAUAAAACAAUAUUGGACGAUUUGACAUUAUCUGAAGGGAAGAUGCGUGGUUAUGUUACCCCUCCUCCCCGAGAAAAUACACCAGAAAGCAAAAUUCAAACACAGAAAACAAACGUAACAUAUCUCGAAGAGUGUUGUGUGCAUAGGCAGGAUGAUAAAACGAUUGGAGAUAAAAACAUUGAUGGUAAGAUACCACUGGGAGAACUAAUUAAGUUAAAAUUUUCAGAAAUAUUUUUAUUUCCCAAAAAAAAGAAAACAGAACUUUUACAUAUAAAUAAAUUGAAUAGCAUUAAAUAUGCUAUAGCAGGGUGUAUAUAUUUGCAUGCAAAAAUAUGGGUAAGAAAUAUAUCCCUAAGAAAUAUAUUAAAUGCAAUUGACUAUAACAUAUUUUUGUUAAAUAAAGGAUUUUACAUAAUUAAAUAUGAUUCAUCUAAAAGAGAUAUAGAAAAACUAACUGAUAGUAUAAACCAAUUUAAACCAACAACUAAAGAAAACAUUUACUAUGAAAAAGAAGAAAGUUUAAAAAUGGAAAAAAUUAGUUUAAAUGUUUUAUCUUUUAACCUUACUAGUAGCAUUACCAAAUAUUCCUUACUGUAUGAAUUGAUGUUUAUUACCAGAUCUCCAUUUAUCAUAAACAAAUUUCUUCUUUCAGUUUUUAAUGAUGUUAUUUGUAUUCCAGAUAUAGACAACAAGUAUAACGAUGUUGUUAUUGUUAUUUCAUGCAUCUUAUUUGUUAAUCACUUUUUCUAUCAUAUUAAUCACUGUGAUAAUUUAAAUUCUCUAGAGUUAGACAUGAUAAAAAAAAUAUAUUAUUUUCAAGUUGAAAAAAUUAUUAACCUCUUUCUUCUCCUAAAUAGAGGGAAUCUGAAAUCCGGAAUGAAAAAUAUUAUAUCUCUUACUAAGAAAAUUAGUCAUUUGUAUUCUGUAACUCAUUGA